GUGAGCGACAUAGAAACAACCUUCACCAAGCCACAAUAUCUAGACUUGACAUGUUAUUCUAUUUGAAACUAAUUUAAUGAACUAAAAUGAUCUAGUAAUAUAUUCACCUAUUUAACGGUUUGUCCUAUGUUUUUCAUAAACUAAUGCAUUUUUCAUUUUCUAUAACCUAUUGAUGAUGAAUUAACUUAGGCAAAUAACAAGCAAUUUUUCAUGAAACAUGUGACCAAACGUCGAUUUAAUUGUUUUAUAUCAAAUCAACACUAAAUUAUGAUAUCAAUUAUCAAUUAUAUGCAGCUAUAUUUUCCGACACUCCAACAACACAAGACCAUUCACGAAUCAACACGUUACUUCACUAAUUUUAUUCAUCUUUUAGUUAUUUCACCAAUGGUCCCAAAAAAAUCAUUGCUGGUUAUAUUUUAAAAUAAAUUCUAUUUGUCACGUCAAAAGGAUAUUUAUUUGUCGUGAUGUGGUCAGACCCUCUUCUAUAUAAUAUCAGUUCCACACACAAGUCUCUUCUCAAAAACACCAAAUCAUUCCAUAUAUACUCUCUAUAUCUCUCUCAACAAAACAAAACUAAGGAGAGGAAGAAGAAGAUCAUGUCAGGCGUGUGGGUGUUUAAGAACGGAGUGAUAAGACUUGUGGAGAACCCUAACCAGUCAGGAUCCGACACACACAGCCGAAGGAAAGUGAUGGUCUAUUUACCGACAGGAGAAGUUGUCUCAUCUUACUCGACGCUCGAGCAGAUCCUCCAGAGUCUUGGAUGGGAGAGGUACUUUGGCGGCGACACAGAUCUCCUCCAAUUCCACAAACGCUCCUCCAUUGAUCUCAUUUCUCUCCCUAGAGAUUUCACCAAAUUCAACUCCGUUUACAUGUACGAUAUCGUCGUCAAGAACCCUAAUUACUUCCAUGUCCGAGACUCCCAUUGAUUCUUCUUUUGUGUCUUUUGUGUGUGUUGUUCGGUUGUUUUAUAAUUUAGAGUUUGUUGGGUUUUGUUUUUAGUUGCAUGUGCAUGUUUUAUUUGUUGUGGACGUUGGAAGUUGUGUUACGUAAUUGUGGUUUGAUGAAAGUUGAGAUUAAGAAGGAACAUGAAUUAGGGAGAACUCAAUCUCAACAUUAAUUGUUCUCUUCCUUAGCAUGAUUCGAUUCUAUGAUGACUGGUUGUAAUUGAUCAAAGAUAUUCUCUUGGCUCAGUGGAUCCCAAAUUGUUUUCUAUUUUA